CCCUGUCUGCCUGAGAUCGCCUCGGACAUCGCUCGUGAAGCGCAUCUGUUUAGCUGAGGAGCGCUGCUGGGCAGGGACUUUCUCUGGAGAGUGCUGACAAUGGUUUAGAUGCCAUUGGGCUACGGGUAGGAGGUAAAAAGUCCUCCUUAUAUGGCUCUGUUCUUGCUGCACUUCGAAGGGUGUGAAUUCUUAUCUGGGGAAAUCUCUGCUCAUGAACUAAGUGAAAGCACACAUCUAGUGUGAACUACAUUUCUCAGACCUCUCGAUAGCAAAAGAUGCUGACGUGACACAGACUAAAGUAGGUGAUAAAUGAUCACUGGGCUAAAGAUUGCUGCGAGAGUGCGAAGAUAACAAUCUGUGACACUGCAAACACCAAAGCAGCGUUGUGAUGCGUUGUACAAGAGGUGGUAACUUGGUGUUGUGGGGUGACGUUUAGGAGAAAGUAGGUUGAAUAUUUGCAGUGAGAACCAGCAAACUGUGGGAGUAGUCACCCCAGGGAAGGCUGGAAAGUGAAAGACUGAGCUUUCCACGAGAACAUCUUGCUGAGGACAACCCUGUCAUGACCUCCGGGGACUUACUCGAGGACACCUUGCAGCUCUCUGCCCCUGGUUACACGACUGUGGCAAGGACGCUUGUACCGUUUUCUUCAUUCUGUCAGAGGACGAUCUGGGCACGGGGAACUGGCGGAGGUUGCGGACGGGGGCUGAGGAGAGAUAGAAGAUUUAAAGAUAAUGUUUCUCUCGCUGUUCUCUUAAAGUUUAAUAAUUUAGAGGAACCUGGGACUUUCAGAUUCACUUCUGCGAUGUGACAACUGCAACUCGCAACAGCCUCGAUAGGAGCUGCGCCCGUGUUAAAUGGGGUCAGACACCGCUCGCACGAAGAACCAGAUUACGCUGGAAGACUCCCCGACUUGUAAACGGGAUGCAUCCCAUGCAGGAAUGUAGUCCUUUGCAGUUGAGUCCUUUAACUCAGACCUUAAGUAUCCCUAUGUAACUUGUAUAAUUUAAAAUUUUUGGACUUAAUGAAAGUAACAUCAGCUUCUCUGUAAUCCCGAGGCCUGGAAAGGUGUUUCCAAAUUCUUUAAAAGUGCUCUGCUAGAAACAGUUAUUUCAAAAACAAGCCAUUUCCUUGCAGUGCACGUGACCUUGAUGUCGGGUCGUUAGAAACUGAUGUUGCUGGAAGCGAACUCAUCGGUUUCUGCUACCAAGCUGAGCAACAUGCAGAUCAGCCACAGAAAAUAUCUACCCAUUGCUUCCAAGCCCUUGCCUUUGCCUUCAGGUGGUGUCACAAGCACAGGUUGCAAUAACUUCUCUCUGUAACCCAACCAUGUUGGGUUAUUUUUCUAUUGACUGUGUUUUGGAGUUGUCAUGUAGCCACGUGCAGAAAGUAUCUGUCAGUCACAUCAACUGUUUGUCUUGCUGGGGGAAGGUGUUUUUGGCAGUGAAGUAUUUUGGAUUGCUCUCACAAAGGCCAAAUUAUCUUUACUCGGGCAAAUUCCCAAGUCGUUCCAUUGGUCGGUGUUGGGACCGAGCAGAAACCGAGCAAGGGCUUUGAGAUCUGGAUCCCCCGAGAGAGAGCGAGACGUACCUACGUGGCCCUGAAAGCUCAGGUUUGUUCUGGCCGAGCACAGGGAAAGGGAAGAGAGCAUUUUUUGGGGCUGCCAGGAUUUAUCUCUGGGAAGAGGCGCUGUCUGCAUAGCUGGUUUGGGGAUGAUUGCUCAGCUGUGACUGCAGCACUUGCUUGUAAGGACUGAGCUGCUGCUGCUGCUGCUGCCGCUGCCUGAGAGCAGCUGAGAGGAGGGUGGAGAUUGGCAGCUCUACCGGAGCUGCUGUGUCAGGUUUCAGUGCAGAGCACGUGUGGAUCAUUCAGGCUGAGUUUACCGCUGCUUGCAGCUGUCACCAACGGGCCAAGCAGGGAGGAUGGGGCAGGUCGCCUGGAAGAGUUUGUUCGUGUCGCUUUUUGAUUAUAAAACGGAGAAGUAUGUCAUUGCAAAGAACAAGAAGGUGGGGAUCCUCUACCGUGUGGUGCAGCUCUCCAUCCUGGCUUACCUUGUGGGGUGGGUGUUUGUCAUCAAAAAAGGCUACCAGGACGUGGACACCUCCAUCCAGAGCUCUGUCAUCACCAAGCUCAAAGGGGUGGCCUUCACCAACACCUCGGACCUGGGGGAGAGGCUGUGGGACGCGUCCGAUUAUGUCAUCCCCCCACAGGGGGAAAGCAUCUUCUUUGUGAUGACGAACCUGAUCGUGACCCUAAACCAGACGCAGAACAUGUGCCCCGAGAGCCCUGCCAUUCCCGACGCGCUGUGCAGCAAGAACAAGGACUGCCCUCAGGGGGAACCCGUGAAAGCUGGCAACGGGGUGAAGACCGGCCGCUGCAUGAAAACCGGGAGCAACGUCAACGGGACAUGUGAGAUACUAGCGUGGUGUCCAGUGGAGAGAAAAUCUAGCGCCAAGAAGGUGCUUUUAGCGAAUGCGGAAAACUUCACCGUGUACAUCAAGAACUCAAUCCGCUUCCCAAAGUUCAAAUUCUCCAAGACGAACGUGCUGAAAACUAACGACGACUUCUACCUGAAAUCCUGCCACUACAGCCCCAAGAACCUGUACUGCCCCAUCUUCCGCCUGGGCAACCUUGUGAGCUGGGCCGGGAGCAACUUUCAGGAGAUGGCACUUGAGGGUGGUGCCAUCGGGAUUAUGAUUGAAUGGGACUGCAACCUUGAUAAAGGGCCGUCUGAGUGCAACCCUCACUACUCUUUUACCCGGCUGGAUAACGAGUCUGGAGAAAAAUCCAUCUCCUCUGGGUACAACUUCAGGUUUGCGAAAUACUACAAGAACACUGACGGGGUCGAGUUCCGGACGCUGAUCAAAGCCUACGGCAUCCGCUUUGACGUGAUGGUGAACGGCAAGGCGGGAAAAUUUAACAUCAUUCCAACGAUAAUCAACGUGGGUUCAGGGCUCGCGCUUAUGGGCGCAGGAGCUUUCUUCUGCGACCUGGUGCUGCUGUACCUCAUCAAGAAGAGCCACUUUUAUCGAGGCAAAAAGUACGAGGAAGUGAAGUCCUGUUCAAGGAAUACGGUUCCGGGUGCUACCGCGAGCGGAAAUCAGAACGCCGAAUCCCUGGCUGGGCUGAGGCAACUACAGGCAGUGGAGACUUAACUACCAGCCUGGUGGUUAGAAAACAUUCCAUACAGAUUGUGGGGUUCAAGGCAAUGCUCAGACUGUGAGCUGGACACAGCCUGCGCCAGGUCUUUGUAUCAUCUGGCUGCCCAGAGAAGAGGUCAGUGAUGGCUGUUCGCUACCAGACAGCAGUCUGCUUGCAUCUCCUACCCCAAACCAUUCUGCUCUCUCCCGAGCCAGUGACGGCAGUCAUUGCUACAGGACUUUUAUUUUACAAAGCAACACGAGGAAGCCAAACCACGGUUUUAUACAUGCCGACAUCAAAACCAGCAUCGUGACGUGGCAGUGCUCAGCUUCUGCUGCAAGAUCAGCAUCAUGAAACACGCUUAGCAUUCCCAGGAGGGGUGGGGCUGGAGAAGCUGGUGCUUCCCACUCCGUUCCACUGCCUUAGCUUCCAGAUCCUGCCAGAGGUGCAAAUCGAUCGGUCUGCUCGCCCCGGGACGAGGGAGCGCUGGUCUUUCAUGCAACCAAGGAACGGGGCCGGGGUGGGGGCUCCUUCCCUUUCAGAGCCCCUGCUGCUGAGGCACGCUACCCGCACGGGGCGAUAAACUUAUCGCUUUUGAAUAUAAACUGAUAGGCAGAAGUGGUGCUCUCAGGGAAAGCCCUCCCUCGAGGCAGACUGUUUCCUCCCCUCUCCAGUGAAAUGUGUUAUCAACCCUCCAUGAUACGAUAGCCUGGGCAUUGCCUUCAGGAGCACACGAGUGUUUGCGGUAACCAUGCGCAGUGUUGAUACCCAUGAGAUUUUCCCACUGGUAACGGGGCCGGGUGGUUUCCCACUUGGGGGUGUGAGAAAACCUAGGGUGUCUGCCAGGCUGGCACGGCCAGUCGCCACAUUCAGGAAUGUUUUGAAUCAAGCCUGUUGCUUUCCAAGGAAGCUGGGAAAUGCCUUGGAGAUGCAUGCAGUAACCCUUGGCUGUUUUUCUUUGGGGAAAACAGCUGCUAGGAGUUGAAGUGGGAGAGGAAGGGAAAUCUAUCAUACCAUGGCAAUGGUCAGGGUUAGCACACUCAGGAAACUUAGUACCAGGCCCCCUCCUGCCUCCGCUCGCUUCAGCAGUGCUGCUCCAUUUCCCUCUCAUCUUGCCCUGCAGGUUUGUGAACAGUUAAGCAGCGUGCAGCACCUACCGAUUCCAGUCCCAGAGGAGGGCUUGCUGCUGCUGCCAAACAUGCCCCAUGCCGCUGGACCGGCAACGGGCGCAUCUGCUCUCCCUUCUGACCCGCAGAUAAAGUUAAUGACUGGGCCUAAACCAGAAGCCACCGUUUAAUUUAGAAGCUGUGUGCACUCCUGCUGCUGCUGGUGCACACAAAGCCUCAUUCAUCUUUACAAGUCUCUUCUCUAGGCAAAGGAUGCUGUGUCCAUAAAGCCAUCCUAACAGGCCUGACUUAGUGUAGUCUCUUAGAAGUAUUUUCCUGUCACUGUAGUAUGACUCUUAGCUAGCUAGUAGUCUGCUGGAUGAGUAGUAUUUCCAUUUAAUUCUGCUUACGUAGUUUUAGAAGCUGAAACAAGUGGCAUAAAGGAGUGCUAUCGAACAGUGAACCAAAGUGCAGUUCAUGAAGACCAAACGGCUCGUCACCAAAAUUAGGCCGGGCUCGUUCUGUACUGAAACAAAUGUUUCAACAUGCCAGAACAAUACCUUCUUGUUCAAGGACCCAACCCGCUUCCGGAGUCGAAGUCUCUCAAUCUCCUCACAAUACUCACUGCAUUGUACUAACCCACGCCCUCUCUUUUCCCUUUUGCAAACUCUAGACACUCUUUAACCGCACGAUUCUCAGGAGUUUUUUCUUUUUACCGUGUUUAAUAUCUUUGUUGAUGUUUAUAUGCAGAAACGGGAUUUGUGUCUAUUUUCAGACAACGCUCUUGGACUCUUCUGUAACUUGUGUUAUUGCAGAUAAUACCGACUGACCAUGUAUGAUGCUAGUUCUUCCCUUCAGUAAUGCAUUGCCUUGGCAUUUGUUUUUCAAAA